AUGCCGGAUAUUAAAAUAACACCACUGGGAGCCGGUCAGGAUGUGGGCCGCAGCUGUCUGUUACUGUCGAUGGGUGGGAAAAACAUAAUGCUCGACUGUGGCAUGCACAUGGGCUACAACGAUGAAAGACGCUUUCCGGAUUUCUCGUACAUUGUGCCGGAAGGACCCAUUACGAGCCACAUUGAUUGUGUCAUCAUAUCGCACUUUCAUCUGGAUCACUGCGGCGCUCUGCCGUAUAUGUCGGAGAUAGUGGGCUAUACGGGGCCCAUAUACAUGACUCAUCCGACCAAGGCUAUAGCACCCAUUCUGCUCGAGGAUAUGCGAAAGGUGGCCGUUGAACGGAAAGGCGAGUCAAAUUUCUUUACCACACAAAUGAUCAAGGAUUGCAUGAAGAAGGUUAUACCAGUAACACUGCACCAGAGCAUGAUGGUGGACACAGAUCUAGAGAUCAAGGCCUACUAUGCGGGCCAUGUACUGGGCGCUGCAAUGUUUUGGAUCAAGGUUGGCUCACAGAGUGUUGUAUACACCGGUGAUUAUAAUAUGACACCGGAUCGGCAUUUAGGAGCGGCCUGGAUUGACAAAUGCCGGCCAGAUUUGCUCAUAACAGAGAGCACGUACGCGACAACAAUACGAGAUUCGAAGCGCUGCAGAGAACGAGAUUUCCUAAAGAAAGUCCACGAAUGUGUUUCAAAAGGUGGAAAAGUUCUGAUACCCGUAUUUGCACUGGGGCGAGCGCAGGAGCUUUGCAUAUUGUUGGAAACAUAUUGGGAACGCAUGAACCUCAAGUAUCCGAUAUACUUUGCACUGGGUCUGACCGAAAAGGCGAACACCUACUAUAAAAUGUUUAUAACCUGGACAAAUCAGAAAAUCCGCAAGACGUUCGUGCAUCGCAACAUGUUCGAUUUUAAACACAUAAAACCAUUCGAUAAGGCUUAUAUAGACAAUCCAGGUGCGAUGGUUGUAUUUGCCACACCUGGCAUGCUGCACGCCGGACUCUCGCUGCAAAUCUUCAAGAAAUGGGCGCCCAACGAGAACAAUAUGGUAAUAAUGCCCGGCUAUUGUGUCCAGGGCACGGUGGGUAACAAAAUUCUGGGUGGUGCCAAAAAAGUCGAAUUCGAGAACCGUCAGGUCGUCGAGGUCAAAAUGGCCGUUGAGUACAUGAGCUUUUCAGCGCAUGCCGAUGCCAAGGGCAUUAUGCAGCUCAUCCAGAACUGUGAGCCAAAGCACGUAAUGCUUGUGCACGGCGAGGCGGAGAAAAUGAAAUUCCUGCGCGCCAAAAUACGAGAUGAGUUCAAUUUGGAAACAUACAUGCCAGCCAAUGGUGAAACCUGUGUGAUUUCCACUCCCGUCAAAAUACCCGUAGAUGCCUCCAUUUCAUUACUGAAAGCUGAGGCUCGUUCCUAUAAUGCCCAGCCGCCAGAUCCAAAGCGCCGACGUCUCAUACAUGGCGUCCUCGUGAUGAAGGACAAUCGCAUUAUGCUCCAAAAUCUGACGGAUGCACUCAAAGAGAUUGGCAUCAAUCGGCAUGUCAUGCGUUUCACGUCAAAGGUAAAAAUGGAUGAUCCGGGGCCAAAGUUGCGAACCAGCGAAAAGCUCAAAGCGCUGUUGGAAGAGAAGCUGACCGGUUGGACGGUGACAAUGCAGGAGAGCGGCAUCAUAACCGUUGAGAGCGUAGAAAUCAAUGUGGAAGAGGACGAAAAGGAUCCCAAACAAAAGACUAUACUGAUCACCUGGACUAACCAAGAUGAAGAUAUUGGCGCCUAUAUACUAAAUGUGCUGCAGAAUAUGUGUUAGCGCCACAAAGAAUAAUUCAGGAAAGCAACAGCGGCCAGUUUCGACAUGGCCUUAACGUGUCCGGCACGAUUCCAUAGAUGUUAAGUAAAAAGUUUUGAUUGUAAUUCUGGUUUUUUGAAGACAUACUAAAAUACAUUUCUCAACUAUUUUCCAAACAAUAA